AUGGCGUCCGGUAGUAACUGGCUGUCUGGCAUGAAUGUCGUGCUGGUGAUGGCCUACGGGAGCCUGGUGUUUGUACUGCUAUUUAUUUUUGUGAAGAGGCAAAUCAUGCGCUUUGCAAUGAAAUCCCAAAGGAGACCUCAUGUCCCUGUGGGACACAAUGCCCCCAAGGACUUAAAAGAGGAGAUUGAUAUCCGACUGUCCAAGAUUCAGGAUAUCUAGUGUGAACCUCAGCUUCUCGCAGAUGAUGAUGCAAGACUGCUACAGCUGGAAACCCAGGGAAAUCAAAAUUGCUACAACUACCUAUACAGGAUGAAAGCUCUGGAUGCUAUCCAUGCCUCUGAGAUCCCAUUUCAUGCUGAAGGCCGGCAUCCCCUUUCCUUAAUGGGCAAGAAUUUCCACUCCUACGUGCUAGAUCUUCGAAACACUAGCACUCCUUUCAAGGGUGUGCGCAAGGCCCUCGCUGAUACCCUGCUUGAUGGCUAUGAGACAGCCCGCUAUGGGACAGGGGUCUUUGGCCUGAGUGAGUACCUGCGCUAUCAGGAGGCCCUGAGUGAGCUGGCCACAGUGGUCAAAGCACGAAGUGGGAGCUCUCAGCGACAGCACCAGUCAGCAGCCAAAGACCUAACCCAGUCUCCUGAAGUCUCCCCAACAACCAUCCAGGUGACAUACCUCCCCUCCAGUCAGAAAAGUAAACGUGCCAAGCACUUCCUCGAAUUGAAGAGCUUUAAGGACAACUCUAACACACUGGAGAGUACUCUGUGAUGGAGCUGAAGGCCUCUCACUGUUGAUGGAGCCAGACAGACUGCAGUGUGCUUGCCGGGUGGCCCUCACUCAAGUCAUCUGGUUCAGCCCAGCUCUGGAUCAGCUGAAGCUCUGGUUGUGUUCAGAGCUCUUAAGAUUUCAUGCCUAGAGGAUCAU